CAGCUUCACCCACAAUGACCUCCACCGAUCCUCACCACAUCCCCGACGACGACGAAGACGACGACGAUUUCGAUUGGGAAGCAGCUGCCUUAGCCGUCGACGUCGUCACCCAAACCACCACCAAGCCCUCAUCUUCCCAUUUUACCCCUCCUCCGCCCCCAAUUCUCAAACCACCGUUUCCUCCAAAGCCCUCCACUUCACGCCAGACCACUCUCGAUCGCUUCAUUGCCAAGCCCGCCCCAAAGCCUCAGCCUCAGCCGCCGGAGACUCCACAUUGCGGCAAUGAGAGAGCGCCGGGUGUCCAAAUUGAUCCGGAAAAGGCCCAAACUUGGCUUUACCCGGUUAAUUUUCCGGGGCGUGACUAUCAAUUUGCUAUCACCAAGACGGCACUUUUCUCGAACACGCUGGUGGCAUUGCCGACUGGACUCGGGAAGACGCUUAUCGCCGCAGUUGUUAUGUAUAACUACUUCAGAUGGUUUCCUGAAGGAAAGAUAGUUUUUGCUGCUCCUUCUCGACCGCUUGUUACACAACAAAUAGAAGCAUGCCAUAAUGUUGUAGGAAUACCACAAGAAUGGACAAUUGAUAUGACAGGUCAGAUAAAUCCUCCGAAAAGAGCAUGCUAUUGGAAAAGUAAACGAGUUUUCUUCGUUAUGCCACAAGUGCUGGAGAAAGAUAUUCAGUCUGGAGCAUGCUCAGUUGAAUACUUGGUAUGCUUGGUGAUUGAUGAAGCUCACCGAGCAUUAGGAAACUAUGCUUCUAGUGUUGCAGUUCGUGAGUUAAUGGCGGCACAAGUGUAACUUUGAAUUUUAGCUUUGUCCGCAACACUGGGAUCUAAGCAGCAGACUGUUCAGCAAAUUAUUGACAACUUCUGUAUAUCAACCCUUGAAUACCACGAGGAAAAUGACCCUGAUGUGUGCCCUUAUGUUCACAACAGGGAGAUAGAGUUGUUUAAGGUGGCAAUGGGUCAAGAUGCUGUGGAGAUAAGUAAUAUGAUAUACGAUGCUAUACGUCCAUAUUUAGCCAGGCUAAGUGUGAAUGGAGUUCUCCCAAAUAGAGACGCUCGAACAUGGAGCCCAGGCGAGUUACUUACGUCUAGGGAGAAAUUUCGUAUAGCACCUCCUCCAGACUUGCCCCCGAUUAAGUAUGGAGAAAUUGAAGGUUGGUAUGGAGUUCUACUUACAAGUUACCACAUUCUUAAGCUACUAUCAAGCCAUGGAAUAAGGCCAGCACAUGAACUGCUUGAAGAAAAAUUAAAACAGGGGUUUUUUGCCAAGUAUAUGAGUAGAAGUGAAGAUGUUCAUAAAGCAAAGCUAAGGAUGCAACAAAGUUUGUCUCAUGGCGCACCUAGUCCCAAAUUAUCCAAAAUGUUAGAAGUCUUGCAUGAUCAUUUCAAACGAAAAGAUCCACAGAACUCUAGGGUUAUGAUUUUCUCAAACUUCAGGGGAAGUGUGAGGGCUAUAAUGGAUGCAUUGGCAGACAUCGGGGAUUCAGUUAGAGCUACUGAGUUUAUUGGUCAAAGUUCAGGGAAAACAUUAAAAGGUCAAUCACAAAAAGUUCAACAAGCUGUGUUGGAAUUGUUGCAAUGUGUUGGUUGCAAUGUCAUUGUGGCCACAUCAAUUGGUAAAGAAGGUUUGGAUACCAUGGAAGUUGAUCUUGUUAUUUGCUUUGAUGCAAAUGUAUCACCAUUGAGGAUGAUUCAACGCAUGGGAAGAACUGGAAGGAAGCAUGAUGGACGAGUUGAUAUCCUUUUCUUGAGUAAAGAAUCUAUGUCAUCCCGAUCUUAAUUAAUGCAAUGUGUUUUUUGUUCUCCCACUCUCACCAAGUUCGUAACUUCUUAUAUAUGUUUUUUUAUAUUACGAUACAUUCCCUUUAAGUUCAAUGCAUACUGUAAAAGUGUAAAUUCUUGACAAGUGCUACUAGUGUUAGCCUGUGAAGGAUCAGAGUUGAAAGGUUACAAUCGGACUCACUUCCAGACCUAUCCCUCAAGAGUGUAUAAAGUAAUGCACUCGCUUCGAACAACAAUGUUAAUUGAUACGAUGAAAUCUUUGCAAGGAUUAUCCUUUUCCAGUGACAGAAAAAUUUCCUUCACUGAGGAUGAUGUCUGUUCGGAGAAAUGCUUAGGAGUUGACACUUUCGAUCAGAAUGAAAACAAAGAAGAUAUAUUGAAUCUUGAUGAUUCGUCAAAGAAACAAGAAGAAGUAUUAGAUCCCAAAGUACAAACUAUUGGGGCAUUAAAAACCAAAGAGAAGCAUAGCAAACAUGAUUUUCAUCAAGAAAAUCCAUGUGGACACUCUUUUCUCUUUGGUUCAGAUGUUGUAGAUGUUGAUGUGUCUGGAAAGGUCCUUAUCUUAUCUGUCCCGGUUCUUCCUGGCAAAAGUAUAAAUUCCAAGUUUACAAGUUCAAGGAGCAGUAAGUUGCAUGCUUUGAAGCGAAGUUCUUGCCAUGUAAGAACUUCAGAUGAACAGAAAGAAGUAACUGCUGGAGCAAAGAUCACUGGAGAUCUAGAAAUGGCUCAGACAACAAUAAAUGGGGAUACAAGGAAUGACAUUCCACCUUGGUCAAGAAUGUGCGAUGCUGAAACCUGGAUGGAGGCAACUAUAAAUGGGGAUGAAGGGGAUCCUCAAAUUGUCAGAGGAAACUUUCCCAAUGGAGAUAGUGCUUGUGAGACGCCUGAUGUUCUGAAAAGCAAGGCACCACCAUUGCUGGCUGAUGAAGAUGACAAUCUUUUCAGAGAUGGUGAGCUUAGUCCACGGUUUACUAAUUUGAUUGAAAGUGGAGUUGUUCCAGAGUCUCCUAUCAAUAAUAGUGGUAACAUAAAUAAGUAUCCGGUUCCUGAUGCUGUUUUCCCUGCCCAACUACCUACAGAACUGAUACUGAAGUCUUCAAGUUCUGGGGGAAAUGUUAAAGGCACUGAUAUGGACACCGAUGCAUGUGAAAGAAAUGUGUCUUUUCUUCCCACUGGUAAUGAAGUUCACUUUCCUCUGCACAAUAGGAAUAGUGCCAGUGUAAAUGAUUCUACCCCCACAUCACCGGUUAUCAACUUCCAAGAUGUUCUGGCAGACCUCACAAACAGUAGCCAUAGCAAAGAUUGGUGUAUUGGUUCUGGAGACAAGUCACAGAGUGUGAAACAGGCACACAAGUUUAAAAGGUUGCGCAAAGUUGGGGAUCAUUGGAAAAGUAGGAAUCAGGAAAGGAUGGCAACUAAUGAUGUCCCAAAAGCAAAUCUGACCAGAUCUUUUACAAGUACUACUCUCCCUACUAAGCAACCAAGAGGUACCAAAUUACGUGCAAAAAAGUCAGUUGGUGAUGUAAGGGAAUUUAUUGACGAGGAAGCUGAGGUAUCUUCAGAGGUUGAUAUAUAUGAUGAAGAAGAAGAUGAAAUAGACUACUAUUCGAAUGAUAGUUUCAUAGAUGACAGGAUAAAUCCUACGGCUGCAAGUACUCAGGCUGCAACCAGUGGAAUUGACAUGAUGGCAGUGUACAGGCGUUCAUUGCUGACUCAAUCACCCAUGGAGAGUCACCCAAGCAGCUCAGCCACAUUUUCUCCCAAUUCUGUGGCAACAAUAACGAGGACACCUGAAACUGGAAGUAGUUCUGGUGGGAAAACAUCUUUCUCUCGUCAGACUCCUCAAAGUGAUACAAAUUUGCCAAUCGAAACAGAUUCAAAGUCCUUCAGCAUAAAUUUGAAUUCUGAAGUCAGACUUUGUACAACUGGUAUAUCUCCAGCACAUGAAAGAGAUAAUGGUAGUCAAAAUCAGAGGCUGAAAUUCUCUGCUGUCAACUUGGAGCUGAAAUUCUCAUUACAAUCAGAGGCUGCAGGCAGAAAUGUGCCACACAGUGAUUCAAAUGGGGACGUGCUUUAUGAUGAUCAAAUCUAUGAGGGCAUUGAUCUUGACGCAUUGGAAGCACAAGCUGUAGCCUCAUUCAAGCAGAAAACAGAAUUGCCAGUGCAGAAGCCAUUUAUGAUUCCUCAUUUAAACCCAGAUAAUCCUACCCGCAGCAGUACCCGCAGCAGUGCUCCAUCAUUUGAUCUUGGGAUAUGAUUCUAAUUUACGUUUAACUGAUGAGCAAAAAUUAGCAUUGCCAGUGCAGAAGCCACAAAUGACUCAUAAACCCAGAUAAUCCUACCCUCGACAGUGCUCCAUUUAAUCUUGGGAUAUGAUACAAAUUUACAUUUAAAUGAUUUAAUUGAUGUCCUGCAAAAGCAAGCAGAAGCAGAAGCAUGGAAAAGGAUUGUAAACUCUCAAGGUUUUCCUUUUCUUUAAUUCUUA